GCUUUAUUAAAGAGUACCACUGAGAUGAUACACUGACAUUCAUUGUUACGUUUAGCACAAGUUAUAACAUUUGGAUCAUAGUUUAUAAGAAAUACGCAAAGAACAGCAGAGGGAAAUGAGAGCUGUUCUGUUGUUUCUCUACAUCUCUGUAUCAGUUCCUGUUAUCAGGGGUACACUCUCAAAAACUGAUGCCAAAAAGCUCAAUAAAGUGCCUGCACCUGAGACAUCCAUACCCGAUCGACCUGUACAGGAACGGGAUCUUGUAGUGACAGAUCUUCAGUGGAGGGAUGUUGUGAAAGAAGAAAAGAGAUACUGCCCUCACACCAUAGCAACACGUCACUUUCAGGGAGCUGUGCUGGGAUAUAUCACACCCUGGAACUCCCAUGGCUAUGACAUUGCUAAGUGGUUUGGACCUAAGCUGACCUCUGUGUCUCCGGUUUGGCUUCAGCUCAGACGCAAUGGACCAGAGAGUUUCCAUAUCACAGGGCUGCAUGACCAUGACCAAGGUUGGGUCAAAGCAGUGAGGAAAGCAAACAAAAAAAAUAAAAUAGUACCUCGGCUACUAUUUGAUGGCUGGUCUUAUCAAGACUAUGUGAGCGUGUUGGACAGUGAGGAUGAAAUUGUGGAGAUUGCACGAGAGAUUGCUGAGGUGGCAAAGGCUGAAGGAUUUGAUGGCUAUACUCUGGAACUGUGGAGUCAACUGGGAGGAAACAAGAGAGCGGAGUUAAUCCACUUAAUAACACACCUGUGCAAGUACCUGAAGGCUGGGAAGCUUACCUGCAUUUUGGUCAUCCCACCUGCUAUUCUCCCAGGGACAAACCAGCCAGGCAUGUUUGGGAGGGAAGAUUUUGAAAAGCUGGCACCUGUCGUUGAUGCAUUUAGCUUGAUGACGUAUGAUUACUCCAGUCCUGGCAGACCAGGUCCCAGCUCGCCACUGCCCUGGAUGCAGGAGUGUGUGUUGCAGCUUGCACCACAAAAAGAGUGGAGGCACAAGAUCCUACUGGGCCUUAACUUGUACGGACUUGAUUUCACCAUCAACGGUGGUGCAGAACCGCUGCUAGGGGGCAGGUACAUUGAACUGCUAAAGGAUAUUAAACCAAAGAUACAAUGGGAUGAGAUGAUAGGAGAACAUCAUUUCACUUAUAGAAGGAGUAAUGCAGCAAAACAUGUGGUUUAUUACCCAACCCUCAAGUCGCUGCAGCUAAGAAUUGAACUGGCAACUGAACUGGGCACAGGACUUUCUUUGUGGGAACUUGGACAAGGCUUGGACUAUUUUUAUGACCUUUUGUGAAAAACGUUUUACACACAUACAGACAUGUGAUCUAUCCUUUCAAACACCGAAGGGGUUAUGGUACAUUGCUAUUUAGGACAAUGUCAGAGACAAGCAUGUGAAUAAAAUUAUUUUUUAUUAUCA